AUGGCAAACGAAUUUAUCCACCAGAUCAAGAACCGCCGGCGUUCGUCACAGGCCAUGAAAGAACAGAACCCCGUCCUGACUGCUGAGGACGAGGCCUUUUUGCAGCAGGUCACCACGCAGCCAGAGUCGCCGCGAUCUGUCGCCGACGGCGAAAAUCCGCAACUGGCCGCGACUGAAGCCCCACCACAGCCACUGGUGGUGGAUGAAGGGGCUGCGAAUAUCCCGCUGCCCGCGUCGCCUUCCGACGAGUUUGGAAAACAACUAGGAGAAGAGGCGCGUGAGAAGUCCAAGGACGAAGGGCCGACAUCUGAGCCGGCGAGUCAAUCAGAUGUGAAAGCGCCGGAGAAGAAGAAAAAGAAUAGAUGGAGUGCUAUUUUCUCCAGGAAGAGUUCGGAUUCGAACAAGGAUAAACAAGCAAGCAAAUCAGAUAAGAAACAAUCAUCCGAGACCAAAAAUGAUAUGUCGACCAAUAAGGGCGAAGGUACCCAGCAAGAUACAGAGGACAUAACGGACAUCCUGGACCGGCUCAACCUAGCCGCAGACAACAACCGGGUCUUUUCCAUCAGCGACGAGACCCAGGAAUUGUUGCGCAAAUUCAAGUUGAUCUUCAAAGACUUGGUUAAUGGGGUCCCCACCGCUUACAAUGACCUUGAGAGUCUCCUGACCAACGGCAACCGCCAGCUCCAGGACACCUAUUCGAAGCUGCCCGGGUUCUUACAAAAGCUGAUCGAGAAGCUUCCCGAGCGAUGGACCGAGACCCUUGCACCGGAAAUGCUUGCGGCUGCCAGUGCGCGAGCUAGUGCGAGCGGCGUCAAUAUGGAAAAUGUGGGCAAGGCCGCUGCCGCUGCCGGGAAGAUCGGCAUCGAUGUCCCGAGUUUGAAGGAGCUGGUGGGUAAGCCGACUGCUAUUGUGGGGAUGCUCCGGUCCAUUGUGGCGUUUCUACGGGCUCGAUUCCCGGCCGUGAUGGGCAUGAAUGUGAUGUGGUCGUUGGCGCUAUUCAUUCUCCUGUUCGUGCUAUGGUACUGCCACAAGCGCGGCCGUGAAGUACGCCUUGAAAACGAGCGGCUGGUGACCGAGGAAGAGAUCAACCAACUGAACCUGAACGCCUCCGAGGGCAAAAUUCGACCCACCGAGACCCUUACAACGACUGCGCCUCAAGGCGCCUCGCCCGACGAGGUGCGUCAGGGCGUCAAAAAAGUCGAGGAAGCGCGUGCUUCGGCCGCGACCGAGCCCGGCGCCUCGAAGCCGACGCAGAGUGCCUCGGAAGGUACCAAUAAUGGCAAGCAGAGCUCUGCUCCACCACCAUCCCGCUCCAAGUCACGUCUCUCGAUCUUCUCCCGGUCCAAAUCCCAGUCGACGCAGGAAGUUGCUCCUUACCCGGGCACUUGA